AUGUCUGAUGACACUGAAAAGUACCCUCCAAAUAUACAAAGAUUGUUUCAACCAAAGCCACCAUUUCCAUAUGUCGACCCUCUAGAUUAUCCGCCUGAGAAACGGAGAACAAUAUCAGUGACUCCUGUUUCAGAUUACAAAUCAAUAAUUGAGGAUUAUUUGCAAACAGAACUACCGUCAAGAGAGGCACGGGUUCACAAACCAAAGCUAAGUAAACAUCUACAGAACCUCAAGAAUGCCCAAUUAAAGAGGCAAGCACAAAAAUUAUCCUUUGAUCGCCAACUAAAAGACUGGAACGAUCCUGAGCUAUUUGAAAAACACGAAAGAGGAGUGAUGAAAGAUCCAUAUAGGACAGUGUUUAUUGCUAGGCUAGAGUACAGUUUAACGGAGUUGGAAGUAACGCAACAUUUUCAAAAAUACGGAAUAAUCGAAUCGGUCAAGAUUAUCAGGGAUCACCAAGGUAAUAGUAGAGGGUAUGGAUUUAUUGUUUAUGAGCAAAGCUCAGACGCAUCCACAUGUGUUGCGGAAACGUGUAGGAGCGGUGUCAAGUUAAAGGACAGAAAUGUAUUGGUUGAUAUUGAAAGAAGCAGACUUUUGAAAAAUUGGAAACCUCGAAGGUUAGGAGGUGGAGAAGGCGGUCGACAUUAUACAAGGGAGGGCAAAGUGGCAUCUGUUGCUGCAAGUGGUAGACGCACAAACAUUGCCAAUAAUGCUCGUGAUCAAAGUCAAUUGUAUCGUUCUCAAAUUGAAUCGCUGCGAAAUGGCUCAGUAGAUUUCUAUUCGCGGCCUAGUGGUGGUGGUGGUGGUGGUGGUAGUGGUGCUCAUCAACAUUACCAAUCUGGCACAGUUCCAGUGAAUUCGUCAUAUCAAAACCAACCAAGGACUAAAUUCUGGUCUUCAAAUAACGCGUAUACCAACGAAACAUUGUUUUCGCGGCGAGUUGAUCUUCAAGGUUCUUACUCAGUGCAAUCAAAACCAUCACAACCAUUGCCACAACAACCGGUUACGUCUUAUGCAUCUUACCAAACAGUAACUCCUGUUGCACAAGCGGCGCCGCCUCAAAGAACGUCAAUUAGAGACAAAUACGCAAAAUACUCUGGUUCCAUCGACACAAAGAAAGAACCAACUACAGCUGACAAAUAUGCCAAAUACGCUUCUAUAGGAAGUAACUCAACACAACAGCAACAACAACAGCAACAACAACAAACUACGUCGAGGUUUGUACGCAGUAUCAGACGGGACUAG